CCCUUUCCCUUCCCUUCUGUCGCCGCCACCCGCGCGCGUCCUACCCUUCCGCGCCCUACAACGGUGUACACCGCGCCCGCGCGUGCCCUUUUCCGCCUGCGGGAACUGCGGCGAGUGUGCCGCGCGGCGUCUGUGUCGUGCCCGUCGUGCCCGUCGUCCGCGCUUCCCAGGGGCGCGCGGGAUAUGCCCCGCACGGGGAUCGAUCCCCGUCACUGACCCAAAACUGACAUCGCCGCCGCCGCCGUCGUCGUCAUUGUCGCCGUCGGCGCGAGUGUGGUGAGAAAUCGGUGUGCGCCCAGUUGGAUCGUGUAUCGAUAGGAAAAUCGCCGCAACCGUGGAUAACAACGGCCGGUACGAGAUGCAGAAGCGGGACAGCAGGGAUAAUCGCGGCGACAAGGAGCUCGGGGCGCGCAGCUCCGAGCGCGACCAGGAGGUCGCCAAACGGACCUCCAGGGGCAGCGGUAACGCCGCCCGGUCGAACGUGCACUCGUCCCGGCACAGCGUCACCUCGUCCUCCGGCGUGCUCAUGGUCGGCCCGAACUUCCGGGUCGGCAAGAAAAUUGGCUGUGGAAACUUCGGGGAGCUUCGUCUCGGGAAGAACCUGUACAAUAAUGAGCACGUAGCAAUUAAAAUGGAACCAAUGAAGUCAAAGGCACCACAGCUACAUUUAGAAUAUAGGUUUUACAAAUUAUUAGGUACACAUGUUCAUAACACACAUAUAGAGGGUAUACCGGAGGUGUACUACUUCGGCCCGUGCGGGAAGUACAACGCCCUGGUGAUGGAGCUCCUCGGCCCGAGCCUCGAGGACCUCUUCGACCUCUGCGGGAGGAGGUUCACCCUCAAGACAGUUCUCAACAUUGCCACACAGCUCCUCCAUAGGAUAGAAUACGUUCAUAGUCGGCAUUUGAUAUACCGCGACAUCAAGCCAGAAAAUUUUCUGAUAGGACGAUCCACUACCAAGCGGGAAAAAAUCAUUCACAUAAUCGAUUUUGGACUAGCCAAAGAGUACAUAGACCUGGAGACGAACAAGCACAUACCGUAUCGGGAGCACAAGAGUCUCACCGGCACGGCGCGUUACAUGAGCAUUAACACGCAUCUUGGCAAAGAGCAGAGCAGAAGGGACGACCUGGAGGCGUUGGGCCACAUGUUCAUGUACUUCCUGCGCGGCAGCCUGCCGUGGCAAGGGCUGAAGGCCGACACGCUGAAGGAGCGCUACCAAAAGAUCGGCGACACGAAACGAGCGACGCCGAUCGAGGUGCUCUGCGACGGCCAUCCCGAGGAGAUGGCCACGUACCUGCGCUACGUACGCAGGCUGGACUUCUUCGAGACGCCGGACUACGAGUACUUGAGGAAGCUCUUCCACGAUCUGUACGAGAGACGUGGCUUCGUCAACGACGGCGAGUUCGACUGGACCGGCAAGACAAUGCCACCCAACUUCGAGAAUCUGAGAGCGCUGCGGAUGGCGGCCCCCUCGCAUAUCGGCAGAACCAAGUCCGACAAGUCCACGCCCGUCGGAUCCCUCCAAACCGGCCAGGAGAUCGUCGUAUCACCGAACCGCGAUCGGCAUCCCGCCGCUUACAAGGAGUACGAUGAUUUUGAGGAGGAUGUGAUCCUCAUGAUGGACGAGGUUCGCUUCGAGUUGCAAGGCCGAUAUGUGGUAUCGUCGACUAAUGGAGAACUGGCCAAUGAUGACCCGACUGCUGGCCACUCCAACACACCAAUUACAGCACCUCAGGAAGUGGACAUGAUCGACGAAACCAAAAAAAUAAUCCGACUAAAACGGAAACGUUGUUCUCGAUGUGGAAAAUUGUCGUUACGUUCUUUACAAGCAUACAUUUCCAGCACCUAUCCUACCCUCAUUCCCGAACUAGGCUUGUUACAUCGACUGAAAUGGCCAGUUCAAGAUUUUCUAUUCUGCAAUAUAAGAAGAAAAUAUAAUAUUUGUUAAGUGUCAUUAAUGGUCGAUUAUUAUCGAGGAAACCUUAUUGCUAGACUGAUAAUGAUGAGAAAAUCGGUGAUCGUGCCGUGAACAAAAGAUAAAAUUACGAUAAGGUGAAUAUUAUAUUUGUGAUACGAUGCUUUUACUCUAGAAUAAAAAUAUUAAAACUACGUACAGUAUUUAAGUUUCGCUAUUUGUACUCGCAAUACAAAUCAUGUCUACAAUUUAUGUAAGAUGUAGGGGCAAGAUUUGAUUUGAUAAUGUAGAGAUAAUUGUUAUUAUCGCACAAGGUAAUCAAUGUUUCUUUAUUUCUUUUUUUUUGUAUUGUCUAAUGCGGAGACUCUCUCGCUCUCUCUCUCUUGACUGUUAUAUCGUUACUACUACUCAAACAGCAUAGAUCAUUUGAGAGAAAGACUUUUAUUAAUUUAUUUACAUGUAAUUUAGACAUUUUUUUAAUCACACGCCCU